GUGAAACCUGCGCUACAGAACUGCUGUUCGAAAACAACAAAAAUUUCAUAAUUAAAAAACAAUUUACAUAAAUUGAUUUGUAAAGCGCACAACAGAAUAAAUUCACAAGGUCAAAAUGUGUGGCGGAUUUACAUGUUCAAAAAACGCGCUGAUUGCGCUUAAUAUUUUAUAUGUGAUGAUUGGAUUCUUGUUGAUUGGCGUCGGUGUCUACGCCAGGGCAGCCUCUGUUGUCACCAAUCUGCCAAUUGUUGGAGGCAUCUUGGCCUGCGGCGUUAUACUCAUCUGUAUCUCAAUGCUGGGCCUUGCUGGCGCUGUCAAGCAUCAUCAAGUGAUGCUCUUCUUUUACAUGAUCAUUCUGUUCAUGCUGUUCCUGAUCCAGUUCUCCAUUGCCAGCUCUUGCCUAGCCGUCAAUGCCGAGCAGCAGCAGCAGUUUGCCGAGCAAGGCUGGAAUACUGUGCCGCCCCAGCUACGCAAGCAGGUGCAAGAUAACUUGUUGUGCUGCGGCUUCAACAACACGGCUCCGACUCCCAACAUUAUCAACAAUCAUGUAACCAGCACCGAUGAGCCGAGUUGUGAUGCCAUCAAUCGUUUGUGCUGCGCGGAUUCGAAGGAUCCGCUUUGCCAUUGCGAGCCGUGUGGUCCGUUGCUGGAGGAUAAAAUUAACUAUGCCUUUAAGUUAUGCGGUGGUCUAGGCAUUUUCUUCAGCUUCACUGAGGUGUUGGCCGUUUUCUUGGCACGUCGCUAUCGCAAUCAGCACGAUCCCUGCUAUUUACCUGCACGUGCCGUCUUUCCGCAUAACUAUCAGUACUAAGCUGUGGAAAGCAUUCGAAUUGCAACUUUUUAGUCAAUGGGACGAAGGCUGAUUUAUAUAAUUUUUGUACACAAAAGAACUUCCUAGGCAUGAACUGAACGAGAAAUGGAACAAAAUUGCGGCAAUUUUAUGAGAUUCAAGCGCGCGCUGAACAAAUAUAUGUUUGUUUGUUUUUGAACAGUUCUUAGUUUUAAUUUCGUUUUUAAGUUUUCCAAAAUUUGAGAUUAUUAUGCUUACUUUUUAGUCAAUUUGUAACAUUUAUUUGGUUAAGCUUCUUCAACAUUUUCUUUGCGCAACUGGCAACAAUCAUGAAAACAACUCGAACAAACAUUUCGAACCUGAUCUAAUUGUAGAAACCAAAUCAAGUGUAACUAGCAACUGUGUAACUGUGUUUUUUAAAACCAAACGUAUAUACAAAAAACUCAUAACGUAUUAAAUAUACAAUACAAUACAUAUUAAAGCAAAACUAUAAAUGUUAGACGUGUGUUAAAUCUUUGCAAUUAGCAAUUGAAACUUAUUAAAUAUUGUGAAGCUAAAAAAAUAUCAAACACCUUCCAAUGAACAAAUAUAACAACUCUACCUAUAAAGCUGCUUUAAACGCUUUGGUUCGCUUCAAUUUUCCUUAUUAUCUUACUCGCUGCAACUAACAAUUAAUUCUUGCAAAUUAAAUAGACACUAACUGCUGAGUCCUUGCACCCACGCAAGUAACACGUUCUACACACACACACACACAAACAAACACAAAUAGUUUAAUUUACUUCCUUUCAAGCAACAAAGAAACCAUUAAAUAAAAUUCUCUGUAUUCUGUGCUGUGAUUGAAAUAAA